UUGUUUUCUAGUUAAUUAAGUUACAAAUGACUUGCACCACCAUGUCUCCUCUCAACACCAAUGACUUGCACAGGAUAUUCGAGAAGCUAGACCAGAACGGCGAUGGAUUCGUGAGCCUUGACGAGCUCAAAUCCCUUCUCGAGAGGAUCGGGGCUCAUUCCACACACGACGAGCUCCAAGCACUGGUAGGGAAAACGAGGCUCGACCUAAUCGACUUCUUAUGUUUCUAUGACACCAUUGUAAAGCAUAACAUUAAUGGUGAUGAUCAAAUUGGAGAGGGUGAGAAUGAGGGAAAGGAUGAUGUGGAGGGAGAUCUUGCCAAGGCAUUUGAAGUGUAUGACUUGAAUGGCGACGGCUACAUUUCAUGCGAUGAGCUUCAGAGCGUUCUGUCGAGAUUAGGAUUUUGGAGCGAGGAUUGUGGGAAGGAUUGCAGGAGCAUGAUCAAUGUGUAUGAUAUGAAUUCAGAUGGGCUGUUGGAUUUUGAUGAGUUCAAGAACAUGAUGUUGGUUACUAAUUCUUGAAGGCAUUUUUUUUACUUUUAUAUGCGGCUAAAAAUACAAUUUAGUAAAUGAAUUUCAUGUUGGUAUUGAAAAUUUUAGUGGUGGUUGUGGUGUUGGGCUAGAAUUUUAUUUUAUUCAAACAAUAUAUAUCAAGGAGCUAGAAGUUCUUUUU